GCGACUGGAGGAUCUCCACCAAUCAGCGAGCGCUUUAUGUGUCAGGUUUCCGGUGUGAUCAAGAUGGCGUUAAGGGAGCUGAGCUCGUUGGAGAGAUUUCUAGGAUUAAAAAAGCCAAAUAAAUACAGUUCGCAAGGAGGGAAAAAGGUCCCUGUUCUCCAAAACAACAAUGGACCAGCAUUGAUCGGUCUGGUCACUAUAGCGUCCCAUCUGGUCCGUGAGGCUAAGAGACCUGAGCUGCUAGGAGACAGCGCUGAACGGAGAGCUGUGGUCCAGCAAUGGCUCGAACAUCGAGUAACACGACUAGAUAACUGUUCUAAAGAAGAAGUCAAAGUUAUUUUGAAGGAUCUUAACCAGUACCUUGAGGACAAAGUUUACCUGGCUGGGAACGUCUUCACCCUGGCAGACAUCCUCAUGUAUUACGGCAUUCACCACAUUGUUGUGGAAUUGGCUGUACAGGAGAAAGAGCGAUAUCUGAAUAUCACCAGGUGGUUUGAUCAUAUCCAGCACUAUCCAGGCGUACGACACCAUUUACCUCCUGUGGUGGUUUUGAGGAACAGAGUUUACCCAAGUGGUCACUACUGAAAGCCUUGAUAACUAGUUGUGAUUGUCAAAUAAUCCUGAAUUUAUGGUCACAAUAUGCGUCACAACCCUAAUGUUAACCCAAACAGUCAGAAUACGUAAAGCAGGUCUUGCCUUUUUUGUUUUGUUUUGUGUGAGCAAGUUCGUGUCCAUUAGUAGUGCUAUUUUUGUGUUUAGAAUGAGUGUAGUUUGUGAAAGGUUUAUUCAAAUUAUGUGGAUUAGAGUACCUCAGAAUCAACAAUGAGAAUAGUGGCUGUGUUUAAAUAAAACUUUUGCUAAUGAAAAGGCAGUUAAUUUAAAUAAUAACCUGAAUACAAAACAAGUAAAUCUAUUAAUAUCUCUUUCACAUAAGGUAGUCACUAAUUAAGAUAACAUUGAUAUCCCUCAUUUCAAGCCACACAUAUCUUUCCUCAUUUGGCAUUUUCUUCUGCCGUUCGCCUCUUUCCUCUAGUCUUGGCGCUGGUGUGGGCAGUACUCUGAGGUUUGAUAGGAUGUUGUGUUCUUGCUCUGGGGCAGUGGGCAGACUACCAGCUGUAGCUGCACAGACAGCACUGGUGUGUUCUGAUUUCCAUGUGCUUUUCAAUCCAUCCACAACAAGUGUGUCAUUUCCCCCAAAAUCCCCUUCUUUGAUAGCUGUGAAUAUUUUUCGACAGUUAAAGUAUUCAACCGCUUAAUCCACUUCUGUUAUAUAAAUCACUGGCUGCGUCAAAGGUUUUCAAUAUUCAAAAUAUUUUUGAAUCAGGCAUUGUUGAAGAUCUGUGCUUGUGUUUUCAUGGCACAAAAUUAAAGCAUUUAUAUAAAGGGUUCAAGACAAAAAAGCUUUUCCAGUUCCAAGAGACUUGUUCCUGAGAACAUAGCAGCUUUAUUGAUCAUAAAAGAUUGACUUAAAACAUCUUUCGGGAAACCGAGUGCUUCAUGCAAACGUACAACAUGUGGCCAAUCUGGUUUGGAGCUGCUCUGUCCGUAGCCUUUAUGGUGGAAAAUCCUCUUCUUAUGAAAGGGAGAUGUGUUUUUGCACAUUUACUUAUCUGCUGUGCAUAUGCUGACGAAAAGAUCCCUCUGUUCUUUUUAUUAUACUUCCUUUCCUGUAAGCCUUCUUUAUGAAAUGUCUGCUGUUCUCAAGCUCAAGUUUGUGUUCUUUAAUGUCAACAGAAUGUUGUCCUGUGCCAAUAAAUGAAAAAGGGAAAACAGAA